GAUUAGGGUUACUUCGAGUGUUGCAUAAAGUAGCCUUAGUUUCUGAGAGCAAAUCUGAUUGUCAUCACGUACAAAACUAAAGAGCAUACGGCAUGUAUUUAACAACAUCUUUCAUCCGCCAGAACUUUCAUAAAAACUCGUUUAAAUCUGCAUUAUUGACUGUCAACCGAGGAUUUCGUCAUUUUACAUCUAAAAACAUUGCACAGCCACAGAAUGUCUGCUCAAACUGCCAAAAGACAGUCAGAUUAAUCCAUCCAAGUAGAAUUUACAGUAAUUAUGUGAAAAAUCUAUUCACAACAAAAUAUUCAUCAAGUUCCAUUCAGAAAUUUGUACAGUCUGUUCGUUAUGCUGCUGGUUCAGCUACAGUAAAUGGAGUUUCCUCCCCUCAAAUACCCCUUCGAGGUCAGAAAAUAGUAGGUGGCUGGUUGAUAGGAUGUGCUGGUAUGGUAUUUGGAGCUGUCAUAUUGGGAGGUGUUACUAGAUUAACAGAAUCUGGAUUAUCAAUGGUGGAUUGGCGAUUAUUGAAAGAUAUGAAACCACCAAGUUCUCAAGAAGAAUGGCAAAAUGAAUUUGAAAGAUAUAAAGAAUUUCCUGAAUAUAAAUAUGUGUCAAAGGAAAAGGAGAUGACAUUAAACCAUUUUAAAUUUAUUUGGUAUAUGGAAUAUUCACAUAGAAUGUGGGGAAGAGCAGUUGGUUUAGUCUUUGCUUUACCAGCUUUGUAUUUCCUCAGGAAGGGCUGGAUAUCUAAGGCUAUGAAACCUAGAUUAGCUAUUUAUGCAUCACUGAUUGGAUUCCAGGGUUUUCUGGGCUGGUAUAUGGUAAAGAGUGGAUUAGUUGAGAAACCUGAAUCUACAGAUAUACCUCGAGUUAGUCAGUAUCGUCUAGCUGCACAUCUGGGUUCAGCACUCUUCCUCUAUACUUUGUUUCUAUAUGGUGGACUUGGUCACCUAAUCAAACCAGUACAGUUACCAAACACACCACAGAUAAAGCGGUUACGUGUUUUAACACAUGGUGUUAUGACUUUAGUAUUUGUCACAGCAUUAUCAGGUGCAUUUGUUGCUGGAUUAGACGCUGGUCUUGUUUAUAAUUCCUGGCCAAAAAUGGCUGACAAAUGGAUUCCAGAUGACAUUGGUGCUUUUGAUCCAAAAUGGAAGAAUAUCUUUGAAAAUCCAACAACUGUCCAAUUUAAUCACAGACAUUUGGCUGAAUCUACAGUAGCGGUAAUAGCUGGUUUUUGGUGGAUUUGUCGUAAAGCUCCCUUACAUCCUCGUGCUAGAUUAGCUGUUAACUGUUUGUUAGGAAUGUCGCUAGUACAAGCAACUCUUGGUAUUUCUACAUUGUUAACCUACGUACCAACAUCACUGGCUGCAACUCAUCAAUCAGGAUCUUUGGUUCUCCUAAGUUUUGCCGUCUGGCUAGCCAGUGAAUUACGACGAUUUCCAAAAUAAAGACACUGUGAUCUGACAAUUGGUGAGAACUUGUACAGUGAAAUCCUGCUCAACAUCUGCCUCAAUAUUACUGGCGGCUGACUUAUUCGACCAUAUUUUAAAGAUGCAUUAUGUAAGAUUUAGAUAAAGAGCUUGGUGUUCUUGCUAUAAUAGAUGAUGAAUAAUGAAUGUCUUGAAAUUUUCACUCAAAUCAAGUUAUGUUUGUUAGAAGAUAUAGCGUAAGCAAUGGUAUUUAAUGCCAGGGGCUCGUUUAUUGUUAUUUUUUUUUAAUCUCGCGGAUGUUUAGAUCCAGUAAAAUCUCAGCCUUCGGAUGUUCUAGAAAGCUGAUUAUAGGCUUGUCAUGUUAAUAAAUGUUUAAAUAAUAAUUUAUAUAACAUUUGUAGGCAAAAGAAAAAUCUACAAUAGGCAGAUCUAGCUCUUACAUAAAGCAUCUUUAAAGAAAGUAUGAAAUUUGUAUCCAAUUUAUCUCAGCCCUACAAUUGGUCUCUAUAGCCAGAUUUCACUGUAUCGGUUUACAUAUGAAAAAUGAAAAGAACCAGUGAUUUGAUGUGUGAUAAUUUAAGGCAUGGUUGUGGCUGCAGACUUCAUAAAGACAAUUUUUGGAAAUGGAAAUUAAAGUUCCCUGUCCCUAAUACAAUUAAGACCGGUAGAACGUAUUAGUGUAACAUUGUUCAAAAACGUAAAGAGCAUUAUUCAAAAACAUUAUUCAAAAAGAAUUCUGGAAAUGUGAGACGAAGUGGGACAACAACAGUACAGAUAACAUUCCGCGGUGUUAUUGCGGUAAGCAGUGGAAACCCAGGAAGACAUCUGUUUUUCACAAUAAAAUAAUAAUCAUAGAGUAACAGUGUAAAUAUGAUGGGCGUUAAUCAUUGAGAAUGUUUUAAUUUUUUAUUUCUUUAAAUAAACCCCACCCUGCUCAGCUACAUACAAAAAAUUGUAAAACACAACUUUAUGAGAAAAUUGUAACUGUCGUGUGCUUUAUACUUUAUCAUCAGAUGAUGGGAUGGGAUUGGCAUUCACAGCACGAAAUAAUGACAUAGACAUGUGUGAUAUCACAAUUAAUACUUUGCAUCAAUGAAAUUGAAUUACAAUGUGAUCUUAUUAAUUCAUAAUAAAAAUUGACAUCAAA